AUGGUAGCUGAACCUAUGCCUGGAAAGCGUGGACACGAAGAUCCUGACUACAGCCCUUGUCCUAAGAAAAGGGCGAUCCGGACUCAUCGCGCACUCCCUUCGCCGCCCACGUCGGACACGCUCCUGCAAUUACGAGCCGGACCAUCCUCCGCACCCUUCACGCCCCGGACACCCAAGGCUUCCCGAGAUUACACAUCAUGUUUCUCCACGCCCCUGCGCUCGACGCCAUUCACGAUCCCAUCCGACUCCCCAACAAAUCCCGUGGGUCUCGAGCGCGGCAAACGCCUGCGCGUCGCGUUGCCGGAGGUCACGUCGUUCAGCAAGCAUCUCGCGCUACGCUUUCAGGUCGUCCAAGCUGCCGCGGUCCACAAUCGGCGGCGCAGCAAGGCACGUCACGCGCGUGGCGCCGCCCGACCAGAGCUCGACCGUGCCGGCGUCUUUCGCGUCGUACAGGUCCCGUUGAACUACACCUUUCGCCAUCUACACGCUCUUAUCUUGUACCUGUUUCCUUCGCGGAGCCGAGGGCCGAUUUCACGAAGCGAAUGGACCGCGACCAGCCCGCCCUCCUCCUCGCAUGCGUUCGAGGUGCAGCGGGACGUCGUCCUGCAGUCCAACGCUAUCAAGAGCGGCCGCACCGUGGCCAAGCUCUCCACGUCCUAUCUUCCCUACGAGCAGGAAGCGCUCUCGGAAGACGACAACGCCGCAGCCGAGGGGAACCCGCGCGAGGAGGGCGGCUGGAUCUGGGAGAACGAAGACGAGUUCGAAGUCGGCCGCGUGUGGCCCAACGGCCCUGAGCUGGAGAACGGGAUCAUCUACUGGCAUUCACCGCUCACCGCGAUUCACAUUACGCUCAACAUGGAGAGUCUGCCAAGACGAUCCGGCCGGAGCAACGAGCCGUACGUCUUCCGCGCGCGGGGCUCGCUGGACCUGCGUACGGAGGUUGUCGAUAUCGCCGGAGAGGACGGAGAUGACUCAAGGUCGGGCAGCGUUCUCCCUCCGUCGAGCGACCCCUACGGGACGCCCUCGUCGCCGACGAAGAAGAGCAGCGACGACGAGGAGAACGAGCAGCCGCCGCCCGACCAAUUCACCCGUGAGGCCCUGGAGGGAGCACGGUGGAACAACCCCGGCGAUUUCGCGACGUUCCUACGUGCGCUCGCGGCCAUCAUAGCCGGGUUCGAGCACGAGCGCAGUCUGGGCGGCGAUACGGACGUGGAGGAGGAGGAAGACGAGCCCGCGUUCUCGCCGCUCACGUCGUCGCCGUCGUUUAAACUAUACACCCCUGCUCCCGUGCGGAUUGGGCAUCAGAAACGGGUGGAUAUCGCUGCGCGAAGGAUCAGGCGACUAUCUCAACGUAGCAUGGCUACUCUCGACGACGAGGAAGACGAUGGCGAGAAGAAGGUGAAAGACGAAGCAACAGAGGAAGUGAAGGUCGAGCUGUUCGAUACGGAGGAUGGGCUCUUUGAUUGCGACGAACAUGAACAGGACGAGAAUCAGUUCGCACACUCUGGCCAUGUUUCGUUCGCAAGUCUCGUUCGCGGGCACGAGACCGAAGAGAAGGCCGAAGAGGAGGAAGAAGAGGUCGACCAACUGGCCGAAGAUGACGCUGAAGGCGACGAGGAUGACGAGGUCCCAGACAGCGAGACCGAGUCUGCUCAGCGACAGCGGGCACGGGCAUUCUGGGACUGGAGUCCCGAUAUCCUCGGGCUACGAGAGGUCGAGAUAUGA